ACAGUCCGAUGAUAUUGUCUUCUUGUCUCAGAUUUCUCUCUCUCCCUCUCUCUCUCUCUCACUUGCAUACUCUGUUAGGGUGCAUGAGCUGAGCUUCGAGUUAGGGUUUCAUCGAUUUGCUCCCCACUGAACUUUACUUUACUUCCUCUCGCUCGAUCCACUGCUGAAGUUUCCAAAUUGGUCGCAAUUUCACCUUCAUUUCGGUCCUAAAACCCUAAGGAUCAGCUGGAUUUCUUAUGUUCGCUCAGCAUUCAUCAUGGGUCCUACGUCUUCAGGUAAUUUUCCUAUCAAGUGAACCAUCUGCUGAUUCCAUUGCUGUAUGUUGUGGAGCUUGAUCCUGCAGUAUAGGUGGUAAAACCAUGGAUCAUCUUCAAACCAUUUCUCGUCUCAAGGGUUUUAUGUGCCAUCAGUUAUUGAUAUUGAUCAUCUUGCUAUCUAGAAUUCAAGAUUCAGUUUCAUUGGAAAGGCAUAUUGGGCUAAGCCGUAAAAUCUCGACAACUGAGUUAGCUACGCCACCCACCAGCGGGACCUUUUACCCGAUAGAAAUUUCUCCCUCUGUUAUCCCGCAUUUCCCUGUCCAGAAUGAAUCUUCAUCACCAUUGUACCCGAAUUUCCCUCCAACUUAUGAACCAGUUCUAACUGGGAAAUGCCCUGUAAAUUUCUCUGCCGUCUCAGAUAUAUUGACGAAGACAGCCUCCGAUUGCUCUGUUGUCCUUGCCCCACUUGUAGGAAAUGUUAUAUGCUGCCCUCAGUUCAAUAGCCUAGUCCAUAUAUUCCAGGGCUUUUACAGCAGCUCUUCAGAUAAGCUGGUAGUUCAGAAUGCAGUUGCUGGUGAUUGUUUUUCCGACAUUGUGAGUAUAUUAGUAAGCAGGGGAGCAAACGGUACGAUUCCUGCUCUUUGCUCCGUCAAGUCCUCAAACCUCACCGGUGGGUCCUGUCCUGUGAAUGAUGUGACAACCUUUGAAAAGACAGUGAACACAAGCAAGUUGCUUGAUGCCUGUGGCUCUAUAGAUCCUCUUAAGGAGUGCUGCAGACCAGUCUGUCAACCUGCUAUUGCUGAGGCUGCCCUUAGGAUCUCCGGAGGGCAGUUAGGUAUUAAUGAAAACAAGGAUGUUUUGCCUCAAUCUAACAAUCACGUUGAUGUUCUAAAUGAUUGUAAAGGGGUGGUUUAUUCGUACAUCUCGCGGAAGCUCUCAUCAGAUGAUGCUAAUACUGCCUUCCGAAUAUUGUCUUCAUGCAAGGUCAACAAAGUUUGCCCACUGGAACUCAAGCAACCCACAGAAGUAAUCAAUGCAUGCAGAAAUGUGGCUGCUCCCAGCCCUUUCUGCUGCAGCUCGCUCAAUUCCUACAUCUUGGGGAUCCAAAAACAAAUGCUAAUUACAAACAAACAAGCAAUAAUCUGUGCCGCAUUGUUUGGCUCAAUGCUUCGGAAAGGAGGGGUUAUGGCAAAUGUUUAUGAGCUCUGUGAUGUUGAUUUAAAAGACUUUAGUCUUCAAGCAUAUGGGCAGCAAGAAGCUGGUUGUCUACUCCGGAGCCAGCCUGCAGAUGUGGUUUUCGAUAAUGCAACAGGCCUUAGCUUCACCUGCGACCUAACUGACAACAUUGGAGCUCCAUGGCCUUCUUCUUCGUCAAUGCAGUCAUUGUCUCUCUGUGCGCCAGAGAUGUCACUUCCUGCGCUGCCAACCUCGGAGAAUAUGAAAAAUCUUGGUUCUCGCAGAAUCAGGUCUGAGAAGUUUAUGCCCAUUAUUUCAUUUUUUGCGUUCAGUGCACUGCUGCUGUGCUGAAGAGGGGAAGUUGUGGUGUUAGUUGCCUGAUUCUCUCUCAAUUUUCUUUAGGGGGUUUCUGUAGGGAAGAAAGUGAGUAGACAAUGGGAGUGGCUUGUCUUGGGGGGGGCCUUAUAUCCCAUUUUGUAUAUUUUCAUUUUUUUUUUCCUUUUUUUGAGUAGCCUUCUUUUGUAUAGCAAGCAUAUCCCUUUUGUUUUAUCUUCCUUGCUUCUCUCUCUGAUCGCUGUUUUGUCA